AUGUCUAAUGAAGAAACAAACUUUGCGGGUACUACCGGGGGAGGCGAGCAGCAGCAGUCACCACCAGUAACCGUAGACACGAUGCCCGAAGCCAUGACACAGAUCAAGGCGAUGCUUGAAACAUUGGUGAAGAGGAUCGAAGAUCACGAUAAGCAACACGCCACCGCUAACGCCCGACUAGAAACCCUAGCGGCUGCCACUCUGAACCAAGCUGGGGGGUCGGGUCAAGAUCGACCGAGGAGAUCGGUACGACCAAUCCCCUUCAAAUUUACAACACCGCAGAGGACACGAACGGGGAUACCACCGAUACACCCUACAACCGUGACCGAUGACCAAAACCCUGAAGUUCAAAGAGCUGGCACCCGGAACGAAACUGAUUCAGAACCUGUGGUGGAUCUGGAUGACGAAAAUCUAGCGUAA